AUGGAAACUGUCGAGAACCUAGUGAAUAAGUGGGGGUACAAGAAAGGGAGCUAUAGGGUAUGGGCGAAGAUAUUGGAAAUAGAUGAGGGUUAUAUUCCGAUUAGAAAGGAUGAUGAUGCAUAUGACUUUGAUUCUUAUUUUUGUGCAAAUGGUACUGAGGGAGACUUAUAUCUGGAACAUGAUGCUGAAAACAUAGAACUUUAUGUGAGGGAACCUGCUUGUGUUAAUGGAGACACUGAUCUAGAUGACUUAGGAGAUGAAGUGGUUGAGGGUUUGGAUGAUAGUGAGGACGACAGAGCCACUGCCUUGUUAGAUGGAUUUGAGGGUAUUGAUGUAACUUUGCCACUAAGGGAAGAGGGGGUAGUUGCUGGAUUGUUGACUAGGCCCAAUAAGAAAUGUGAAGAAGAUGCAUAUGUUAGUGAUGAGCUCAACUCAUCAGAUCCAAAUGAGUCUUGUGAUGAGGAUAAGCCCAAGUAUGAGAAAUUUAGGAAAGAGCACCUAAAUAAGGACUUCAAGUUUAAGUGGGGUAUGGAAUUUAAUACACUUGUUGACUUCAAAGAGGCAAUACGUGAGUGGUCAGUUCUCAAUGGUAGGGAAAUUAGUUUUGUGAAAAAUGAAAGUUAUAGAGUAAGGGUAGAGUGUAAGGCUAAAUGUGGUUUUUUGGUCUUAUGUUCCAAAGUGGGCCACAAGCAUACUUAUGCUAUAAAAACACUUGUAGACACCCACACAUGUGCUAGGGUUUUAAACAACAGAUCUGCAAACUCAAGAUGGGUGGCUAAGCACGUAGUCAAGAAAAUGCAAUCAAGUGAAAAUGUAAGAAUCAGGGACAUAAUGCAAGAUGUAAGGCAAAAAUUUUCAGUGGGUAUUACUAUUGCUCGGGCAUGGAAGGCUAAGUUGAUGGCAAAAAAAAUAGUGGAGGGAGAUGCUGAUAUGCAAUAUGCUGCUCUAUGGAGGUAUGCAUCUGAAUUAAAAAGAGUUAAUAGUGGCAAUACUGUGAAAAUUAAUGUUGAGAGACCAAGCCCAACUAUCCAACCUAGAUUUGGAAGUUUCUACUUCUCUUUUAAUGGCUGCAAGAAAGGGUUUAUCAAUGGAUGUAGGCCCUUUAUAGGGGUUGAUGGAUGUCACCUGAAAACCAAGUAUGGUGGUCAACUUCUGAUUGCACUUGGAAGGGAUCCAAAUGAUCAAUACUUCCCAUUGGCUUUUGGAGUGGUUGAAACUGAGACCAAGGAGAGUUGA